CUGGCAAAACCAACACAUGUGCUCCCACUUCAUUUAUAUUACACUCAAUUCACCACCAUACAACCCCAAAAUCUCAUCUACUACUAUACCACACUCUUCAUUUCCAUUCAACAAUCCUUCAAACAUUUCUACUACAAUGAGGCAUUAUUUCCACAAUGUUGCACUCACAUUCAUCAUAUUAUUAUUGUCCAUAACGUUGUUUCAAUCAAAUGCCAGAGAACUCCGUCCAGCUGAGCACGGGUUAACGAAUCAAAGCUCAUCCACAUCAUCAUCAUCCACUACCACUACAAACGACGUCGUUCCAGAGAUGCUAUCGUUCUUUAACGGUAACGGGCAAUGGAAUACUAAGCCACCGGUGGCAUUGCCGAUAGCGGAGAAUCUGACGUGGAUUAACGGCGAUAGAGGAGAAAUGUCGGUUCACCACACACCUAAAGAUCAUGUUAAGCAAGUUUUGUUGAUUUCCAGCUUGGUUUGUGGAGCAACUGGCGUUGUUUUGCUUGUAGUUUCCGUGUUUGUUUAUGUUGUUUUUAGGUUCCGAAAGGAAAAAACAGUGCAAAAUGGAAAAGAGAUUACAGCUUUGUCAACGACAGUAGAUAACGUUGCUCUCGUCCAGAAAUGAAGAAUUACAGUGCUUCAUUUACGAAAGGGAUAGUAAAUCUGGUUCAUUUUCAA